CAGAAUUGUCUUGUAAUUAAUUCGUACUUGUUAAAACUAUCAAGAAGGUCUAUUAAAAUGGGUUGCACUGUAAGUUUUUAUAUUCUGUGUUUAAUAGCAGUAGUGUCACGUGAUGUCGCUAGUUUAUCCACAGAAACAAACUGUGAUCUCAGCACAGCUGUCUGCAUAACGCCAUCUUUAUGUCAAGAGGGUUGGUCCUACUCGAACAAGCGUUGUUACAGAACCGUGAGCACAUCCGCCUCUUUCAGGGAAGCGCAAUCGAUGUGCAAUUUGGUUAAGGGUUAUCUACCAGUUAUUGCAAAUUCGGAUGAAAAUUCGUUUAUAGCUUCGGCAGAAGGAGGAACAACCAAAUGGAUUGGUUUGAGCGACAUAAUACAAGAAAAUACAUUUAUAUGGAACGAUGAACGCAAGGCCAGUACGUCGUACGUAAAUUGGGGUUCAGGACAACCAGAUUCAAAUUCGGCAUCCGAGGAUUGCGUUGAAAUUGUGCCAGGACAGUACUACUGGAAUGAUAUCGAUUGUACACAUUCAAAAUAUUCUAUAUGCGAAAAUCUGACUCCACGACAAUGGUACCCUUGGGGAUACAGCAUCUACCUGUUCAAUACGAGGGGGCAAAAGUGUUCACAUUCCCGUACUUCCUGUGAAGACGUUGGUGCCAAUUUGGUGGUGAUUGGUGACUCAUCUGAGAAUAGUUUCAUAGGCUCAAUGGUUUCGUCACUUGGUAUGGGUGAUAUAUGGAUCGGGUUAAAUGACAUCAGCUCAGAGGGUACAUAUGUAUGGCCUGAUUCUGGGGAAACAUCUACGUAUACAUAUUGGUUGUCAGGUCAGCCAAAUAAUUACAAUGGGAUUCAAGAUACAGUGAAGCUAGUAGCUUCGUCUUAUCUGUGGAAUGACUGGGAGGAUACAACCUACCACUAUGCAUCAAUCUGUGAAAAAGGUAUUGAAUGGGAAUAUUUCAAUGGCAAAAAAUACUUCGCUACUGACUAUCGACUAUCAGCCAGCGAUGCUAUAGCCAGAUGCAACGACAUUGGCGGAUAUCUUGCGGUAAUAACCUCAGACGAAGAAAAUUCAUUUUUAGUCGACAUGAUCACAAAAACUCACUACAGCCAACGCGAAUUCUACAUUGAUUAUGUCAGCGACGCUGACGCAGUCUGGUCCUGGCGAGAUUCAUCCGGACCAGUGUUUUCAAACUGGGAUGAAGGCGAAGGCUUAGCAGCAUCUGCGUGUGCAGCUUUGUCUUUAGCCGAUGGCCAAUGGGUGGACGUAGAUUGCUCAGCAUUGCAUGGAUUCAUCUGUGAAGCUGAGAUAACAUGGAUUCCCUGGCACAAUGAAAAAUACUAUAUAAAUACGACUCCAUUACCGUAUGACAAAGCGAGAGAAGUCUGUCAGAAAAUCGGAGGUGAUGUCGUAUCAUACGACACCUUAGAAGAACAGAAGGUUGUGGAGAGCCUUAUGUUGCGAACAUCAAUAAUAAAAACGAAAUAUAAGAACGUUUAUAUUGGUAAUUACAAAGAGGCUGAUGGGUUCAAGUGGGCACGAACUGGCACGACUAGUUCUUUAUCUAAUUGGUGUUCGGGGGAACCGUCUGGUGGAAGUGAAUACUGUACAGAGUUCCGAAGCUCCGACAAUUGCUACAACGAUAUUUCUUGUUCUACAUUUAGGGCGAGCAUUUGCGAAGCGGAUAUACAUCCGACUGAUGGCGCCCUCUGGGAACAACGGAGAUAUUUUGUUAAUAGGGAAAGUGUCACAUAUUAUUCGACAGCAAAAUCUAGAUGCAACGAGAUGGGCAUGGAAUUGGCAUCUAUCACGUCACAAUAUGAAAUGGACGUAGUCUUGGAGGCCAUACGUUUAGCUCAGGGAUCUGGGAGCAAUUAUUACAUCGGCUAUAAUGACAUCACGACUGAAGGAACUUACGUUUGGGACUCGAGUUCAGCCCAGAUAUUAGGUUACGAACCAUGGAAGACAAGUGCUGUAUUCGGCGAUUCGAAAGACUGUACUAUUCUGAGAAGUUCAAGUUCUUACUUGGAUUGGGCUUCAGUGUCAUGCAGUAACAAUUACUAUCACGUAUGUGAACUAGAGGGGGCUGACAACUAUGAGUUCGUAAAAGACGGGGUCGCUGUCCACGUUGAUCCCAAUGAACGGAAUACAUGUGUUGAAGGACAUACUCUGCGAGAAAUCGAAGUGCGUAGCCUAAUAGAAUGUAUGGCGUCAUGCUUAUUGGAAAGUGGGUGUUUAUCUCUCAACUACUACUCUAAACCACCAUACGCCGACGUCACCAACUGCAAACUGAAAGAUAUUCUCAGAUCGGACUACCCGAGGGAUGUGUUUACAAUGCGUUCAUGUGAAUAUUAUGAUUUCAAAUGAAUAUAAACAAUUACUGUAAUAAAACUGAAUACCGAAUUUAUUCGAAUAAACCCCUAUUGUUGAGAAGGGUUUUUGAGGAGGCGUUUAUUCCCGGGA